GUUAUGUCACGUGAUUAGUGCAACAAUUCAAGAUGGCAGCUGUGUGACGGUUUGAUCUGCGGCUUCUUUGCUGCAUUGGACUUCAUUUCGUGCCAAAUCAACAUAGGAUAAUAAUUGUACAAGGUCAGAAAUGGAUAGUAAAGACUAUGAUCACACUAGAAAUCUAACAUUAAUGUUCUUUUUAGAUCGUUUAAUCGAUAAAGGGCAACCUAGGACAUUACACGAUUUAUCCUGUCAGUUUGGUACUAAAGGAUUUACCAAAGAAAUGAGACAGAUCGCCGGUGGUAGCCAGGCUGGUCUUAAAAAGUUCCUUUCCCAAUAUCCUUCCCUGUUUACUAUAGAUGGUGAUCAAGUGACUGUAACCUGUUAUACUUCAUCCAGUAAUGACCCGAGUGGGAAGAAGGGGAAGAGAGAUUAUGCCUUAGAAGCAGUCGAAUAUUUUACUAAUAAGUUAGAACAAUACGGUAAUGCUGAAGUGCCAAUAAAAAGUUUACUUGGUCAUAGAUCUCAAGCUACGCCCGAAAUAAGACACAUUUCGGGCCAGCAUGUGAAGGAAUUCAAAGAUUUCUUACUCAGAUUUCCGGAUGUGUUUGUCGUAAAAGAUGAUUACGUUGUCCUGAAAAAUGUACUCGAUAACCUAGACGGCGAAGAAAAAGUUAACAUUACUAAAGUACCUGAAGAAGAGCCGCUGGAUCCACAGUUAACGAAUGAACUCAUGACAUUUUUUGAGAAUGUUAUAAGAAUGAGAGGACCUUUACCUGUUGGUCAGUUAUUUGCUCAUUUGAGUGCAAGGUAUCCGAAGGAAAUGUGGUCUAUUAUGGUAAAAAAUUCUCAAGAUCUAAUUGCAUUCUUGAAGAUGAAUUCUCAGAUAUUUCAUGUACAGUCAAACGUCGUAUCUUUAACUCCGGAACGACAACAGGCGCUGAUGGUGUCUUCGAAUAAUGCGACUAGUGUAAUGUCGACUGCUCCUACGACUGCUUCCUCUUCGGCUCAAUCUUCCCCUUCUAGUGGCAGCGGUCGUUACUCCGAUAAAUCGCAGACAUUUCAGCAGAGGUUAAAAACCCAAAUUAUGAAAGCUGUAGCUGAUAAUUCUGCUUUAGAUUAUAAAGAAAGAAUGUCUUUUGGGCCGACUAGCCAUUGCUUUAGAGAAACUUCCAAUGACAAUUUAUUUACAAAAGUAAUGAAAACUGUUAAAAUUAUUACAAAAGUUAAAGAAUGUAGCACUGUUGUAAAACAGCUGAUGUCUUCGCCCGAAUAUUCCGUGAUUUCUCUAGACGGCGAAGGAGUAAAUUUAGGUCCGUCGGGACCCAUUACUCUCUUACAAAUUGCCACUGAAAAUGAAGAUAUUUUUUUAUUUGAUCUCCUUUCUUGCCCACAGAUGAUGGUGGAAGGUAAUUUGCGAGAUGUUUUAGAAUCCAAAACAAUUACAAAGGUUGCUCAUGAUUGUCGAAAUGAUAGUGGAGCACUUUAUUUUCAAUUUGAAGUAAAAUUAGAAAAUGUUUUUGAUACACAGGCUGCUCAUGCUGUUCUUCAGCAACAGGAUGCAAAUAAACCAGUGUACAAAGUAAAAAAUGUAUCUUUAAACACAUUAUGUAGUAUGUAUGGUGGCCCUGUUAAUCCUCACAAAGAUCAAAUGAAAAAUCUGUACCGAAGAGAUCAAAAAUUUUGGAGUCGUCGACCUCUCACAGACGACAUGAUUUUUCAUGCAGCUUUUGAUGUCGUUUGUCUUUUACCAAAUGUUUAUCAUAAUAUAAAAGGGAAAUUACUGCCAGAAUCACUCAAUUUACUUCAGGAUUUAUGUCAGGAACAAAUUUUGGCUUACAUUCAACCUGAAGAAGUUAAAGCAAGAAAGAAACAAAGAAAAAUAGAUAUGGAAGUAUCAGAUUUAAAACAAAAGUUAUCUCAAACUACUAAUAAACAAAUUGUCUUAAGUAAUAGAGAAAUCAGACUUCUCAGAUACAUCGAAUUAACUGAUGAAGAAAGAUCGAAAAUUGAAGGUUCAUACAAAGUGGCAAAGAAACUAGAGAGAUUAAGAAAUCGAGGAACCAGUAAUGACUCCGGAUCUGUGCAUUCAGGAUCUGGUCAUGCUUAUUCUGACGAUAGCAGUGGUGACGAAAAUAUGGAUUAUGAGGAUUAUGAGAAAGCAGAAAAUUUGAAUUCUUUUGAUUCAUUAAUUCAUUCAUUUGGCACACAUGGAUCACCAAAUCAUUCAUUUUAUAAUGUAAGGAUACAGAGUCCAGAUCUGUUUCUAACAAAUGGAAAUUUUGAUAAUCUCAGUGGUUAUUGGUCUCCAGCUGGAAGUCUAUGCAGUGGCAAUGAUCAGUGUUGUAAUUGUUGUUGUCACAAAAAGUCUUCUUUACAGCUAACAAAAACUUGCUCUGAUGUAUCAGAUAGUUCUUCUCAAACCCUCUCUACAGGUGAUAUUGUCAUUACAAAAGUUUUCUUUGAAGAGAAGGAGAAAACAUAAAAAUGGAUAGAAUUAGCUUUGUCUACGUUUGUUAUAAUUUUUUUCAAAUACUGACGCUGUUUAUCCAUUUUGCUGGAGCCAUCUGUGUUUUCUUCUAGAAUCAUGCAUAUUUGUAAUUAAGUUUGUCUUGUCAUGUGGAGUAUCAAGAAAUAUCAAAUCAGAGAAUUGUCAUAUUAAUUAGUAAUGUAAUUCAUUGAUAAAUUUGACAAACUUUUCAUUCUCUAAAAAGAUUCUAAAAUUUAAAACAAACUUUAUCAAAAUCAGAAUACUUCAAUUAUAGUUUACACUUAAGAUACAAAAUAUAAAAAUAAUAAAUAAAUAAUAAUUUAAAAAAUUCAGGAUGAUAAAAUAUAUAUAUAAUGCAAAAUAUUUCUUGUUUUCUACCUUGACAUAUUUUAUAUUGUUUAUUGUUUUACUUUCAUCGUAUUUAAUUGGUUUGUGGGAAGAAGUUUGUAAAAAAGAUAAGAUUUUUUAAUUUAAAUUUUUUGAUAUUAUUUGUAAAAGUUACGAUCUGGUAUAUUUCAAAGUGAAAUAUACUAUUGAAUAUUGAAUGUAAUUUUAUAAUUUGAAUGAUUCCUAAUGUGUUUACUGAGUGAAACAUAUUAUGGAGUCUAUAUAAUAUAUAUAUUAUUUAAUGUUAUAUAUAUACAUAUAUAUAUAUAUGAUAAAAUACAAAUUAUAUUAAUUUAAGUUUCAUUAACUAUGCAAGAAAUUGUCUUCCUUCAAUUGAAGUUUUGUUUCAUAUGUGAAGGUUAAGAAAUUAAAAAAAAAAAAAAAAAAGAAAUUGUACAUACAUAUU